UUCAGAUACUGACAAGUGGAAUGAUCAGUGGAGACCAAGCGGUGGUCAGGCGCAUGUUCUCAUUAAUUUCACGCCCAUUGAAUGACUUCGAGGACAUUUAUUAUCCUUCAUUUGCAGAAUGGGUCACAAGCAAGAUCAAAAUAAGACUUCUGGCUGCUCAUGCUUCUCUCAAGUGUUAUAUAUAUGCAUCCAUGAGGAAGCACCAAGAUGGUGUUCCAGAUGAGUACCUGGCAUUAUUACCAUUAUUCCAAAAGAGCUCAAGUAUUCUGGGGAAGUUCUGGCUCCAUACACUGAAGGAUUAUAGUUUUAUGUGCUUGUGCCUGAGCCCAAAGAGGAAGUGGAAUAUGUUCCUUGAUGGACUGCAGUCACCCAUUGUUUCUUCUAAGUUACGUCCAUGCUUAGAUGAAUCUUGGCCUGUAAUUUUGCAAGCACUUGCACUUGACGCAGUUCCUGUGAAUUCUGAAGGAAAUGAUUACCCGAAAGCCUUAGCUUCAAAUGCUGAAAAACAUGGUGUCACUUCAUGUCAAUAUAGCAUGGUUGAAUUGAAGUUUGAAGAUUUUAAGUUCUUGUGGGGCUUUUCUCUUCUUGGUCUAUUUCAGUCACAGCAUCCUAUCCUUUACCGACGUAUUAUACAGCUGGAUUUUGCUAAUGCUAAGCAUGGUGCGAACUCACCGAGUAAUGAAGUGAAACCCUCAGGCGUGAAAUUAUAUGAAAUUGUACUACCUAUGUUUCAAUUUCUUUCUUCUGAAAGAUUUUUCGAAGCAGGACUACUUACCGUGGAUAUUUGCAGAGAACUGCUGCUGAUUCUUUCAUAUUCGACAUACAUGGAUAAUUGUUGGAGUAGUCUUGCGAUGUCCAUUUUAUCACAGGUUGCGCGGAACUGCCCACAAGAAAUUUUCAAUUGUGAAAGUUUUGACUUGAUAACAUUGGAACUUUGUUUGCACUACCUUUUUAAAGUGUUUCAAAGUACUGACACAAUAAACUGUGAAGUAAAUGUGAUGCAUUUAAUAUGUAGCACAACAAAGGCUAUUAUUAACCGUAUUGAGACCAAGAUGCAUAAGCAUUCAAAAUCCGUGGUUCUGGCAUUAGUCUUAAUUGGCUACAAGUGCGUUAGGGAUGCUUCAACUGAGGUAUACUUGUCAGAAGCCAUUGAAAUCGUCAACUGCACAAGUCCUUUAUUAAAGAAAAUAAUUGACGAUGAGGCUGGGCAUGGUGAUAGCAUUCUCCCUCUAAGAGAAAUGUUUGAAACUUGUCUGAGUGUGGUUGCUUCUCUGACUAAAGACUGCAUUGAGGGAUUCCAUUUGCAGGAGGUUAAAAGUUUCAACAAACAGAAACUAAUACAUACGAAGCUUGCAUUUUCUCUUGAACAAAUCAUAUCAAUUGCCAAACUGUCUCUUGAUAGUAAAUAUGUCGAAUGCGAAGCAAGCAUAUCCAUCCGUGCACUGAGAUGUUGUCUUCGAUGUAUCCAAGCUGUAAUUAGUUAUUCAAAUAUGCAGGUUCAAGUAAUAGGCUUGCAAUUUCUUAAAGCCAGGAUUCAAAGAGGUGUAAAUACAGAAGAUAACUCUUUCUUUAUGUUUCUUGUUGGGGAGCUAAUUAGCGAUAUUUUCACUUUGAUUCACAGAAUGCUAAAGAAUACUAUAACAAGAGAAUCUGUGAACAUUGCAAGUGAAUGCUUGAGUCUCAUGGUGUUGUUACAAACGCUAUCUAAAGAUAAUGACUGCCAGAGAAGUUUUAUGAACCUACUUCUGGAGGCCAUUGUUAUGAUUUUCUUGUCAACAGGAGAUGGAUUCUCUCAGGAUGUCAGUGAUUUAAGAAACACAGCUAUUAAGCUUGUUUCUCGCCUUGCUCAAAUUCCUUCAUCAGCCAAUCAUUUCAAGGAUGUUUUACUCUCAAUGCCUCCGCUACACCGCCAGCAACUUCAGGGGGUAAUCCGAGCUUCUGUAACACAAGAUAAAAACCCACUAGAACUAAAAGUACCAGUUUUGGACAUAAAAAUGCCGCAGUCAUCAGGACCAAAUGAAGAGAAACGUACUGUUUCAGCAGCUCCUGUGAUGCGAACAGAUGAAAAUGACAAGGAAGAAGAUGAAGUCAGUGAAGAUGAUUGGGAUGCUUUUCAGUCUUUUCCUGUCUCUAAAACUGAAGAUGGAGAUGAAUCAAGAACAGAACAUGCUGCUGAAGGCAAAGAUCCUAGCCUGGUUGAAAGCUCAUCAGAUAGGGAAGGUUCUAUUGGAAGUGUUGAGUUUCAAGAAUUUUCUGUUUUGAAAUCCCUCAAUAGAGAAAAGGAGCUAAAAGUUGAUGAAUAUCUAGAUGAUGUCAAAGAGAAACAUGACCAAACCAGUCCUGGUUCUAACGAGACAUAUGAUAACGAGUAUCAAAAGAUGGAGGAAGAAUUUCAAAGCUCUGAAGUGGCGACAGCCAUCCCAGGAAAUGAACUAGUUUCCUGUGAUAAGAACCCAGAGAUAGAAGCUGAAGAAUCAAUUAAAGAUGAACAUGAUAAUGAGGAUCGAGAGAUGGAGGAAGAAUUGCAAAGCUCUGAAGUGGGGACAUCAAUCCCAGGAAAUGAACAAGUUUCUUGUGGCCAGAAGCCAGAAACAAAAGCUGAAGAAUCAAUUAAAGAUGAACAUGAUAACGAGGAUCGAGUGAUGGAGCAAGAAUUGCAAAGCUCUGAAGUGGGGACAUCAACCCCAGGAAAUGAACUAGUUUCUUGUAGUCAAAAGCCAGAGAUAGAGGCUGAAGAAUCAAUUAAAGAUGAACAUGAUAAUGGGGAUCAAAAGAUGGAGGAAGAAUGGCAAAACUCUGAAGUGGCGACACCAAUCCCGGGAAAUGAAAUAGUUUCUAGUGAUCAGAAGCCAGAGAUUGAAGCUGAAGAAUCAGUUAACGAUGAACAUGAUAACGAGGAUCAGAAGAUGGAGGAAGAAUUGCAAAGCUCUGAAGUGGGAUCGUCAAUCCCGGGAAAUGAACUAGUUUCUAGUGAUCAAAAGCCAGAGAUUGAAGCUGAAGAAUCAGCUAACGAUGAACAUGAUAACAAGGAUCAAAAUAUGGAGGAAGAAUUGCAAAGCUCUGAAGUGGGAUCGUCAAUCCCGGGAAAUGAGCUAGUUUCUUGUGAUCAGAAGCCAGAGAUAGAAGCUGAAGGAUCAACUAAAGAUGAUUUAGUAGCCAAUUAUAUGCCUGACCAAGUAGUAUCAGAUUCUCUGGCACUUCAACCGGGGUCUUGCGGAUCAGAUAAUAAUGAACCUUCUGACAGAUAUGAUGAAGAUGCUAAGAAAGAGAGUGUAGAUGAAAACAAGAGUCAUGACCGGCAGCAAGAAAUGUCUGAGAGUCCAGUAGGGAGUGAAAAUAAUAUUACAAAAUUAGAACCAUCUGCUGAAGACCGUAUAGAAUAAGGUAUUUGUCUAUUGCAACAUUUUAAUUUGAAGUGUAUAAAAGUGUAUCUUCCAUCAGAGUCAUUUUUCCCAUUCCUACCAAUUUUAUUAUCUUUGCUUCCACUCAUUUGUAGCCUUACCCUCGUUAUUCAGGUUAUUUUUUGUUGGUCUUA